AUGAAUUAUAGACUGACGACUCAUUCAUCUGUCAUAAUGAAGUGUUCAAAAUUUGGCUUUGUUGCAAAACCCUACCAUGAUUCAAUCCACAUUUGGAUGUUUAUUGCGGCUUUUGAUGUCAACUAUUUAAUUUAUUUGGCAAUUAUGUCUUCUUCUUGUUCAACACUUUGUCCUCGAAAAUAA